UAGUUGAAAGUUUUUGUAGCUUUUAAACAACUUUCUAACAAUUAUAAGUGUUUAUUGCAAAGAAAACUAUUUAAAGUAGUUUUUAACUAUCUACGAUGGUUUGCUAGUGCACAGUUUGUAAAAGGGUGGACUAUUCUAACUCGGAAUUGAUAUUUCGACGACAGUUCCAGUAUAACAGUACACAGAUCCUAGUCGAUAGUAAGAUUAAAACAACAUAAACAGGUAAACAUUCAGUUAAAUCACGUAUAAAAGUCUGAUAUGUUGGAAAAGACCUUAAAUUUUCAGAACUAAAGCACACUAAAGGAGAUAUUUUGCUACGGUAAAGGGGAAUAUUGAUGACUUGGAGAGAGGCUUGUUAAAAAAGGAGUUUUCGAAGUUUGGGAAUGUUGAGAAAAUUUUUAUAAGUAGAGAGGAACAGUUUGCUAAAGUCUACAUCAGCGACGAACAAAGCAUAAAACAAGCUGUUCAGAAAUUAAACGGUAAAAAAGGUUGGACAGUAUUGUUCGAUUUAGAAGAACGAGGCCAUAAAAGAACUAGUAAUUUUAACCAAAGUUUUAAUUCACCCAAGCCCGCAGUAGUAGAUGACGACAUGAUGAGUUUAGGUAAUAACAGUUAUCAAGACGACAUGGAAGAAGGUAGUUUUUUAGGUGACGACUAUGUAGACAUUCAUGGUCGCCCCGUUGAAGUGCUGGAAGGUGAAAACGGAAAAUUAUAUGUUAAUUUGGAAGACGUACGUCGGGCGGGUUUUAACAUUUUUGACAAGGAGAGCUUUGAGAAUGCUGUGAUCACUCGAGACAUCGAGUUAAGGCAGUUUUAUAAUUACAUGCUGAACAAAGGCAAACAAUAUGUUAUCAAGCUACAAAAGAAUUUCAAUAAAGAUGAAGUAUUAAGCACAUUUGAAAGUGUCAAAGCUGCCCUGUUAGGUAACACCAACGAAACAGCAACCAAUAAUUCAUUUGGUAGAAGUCGUAUAGUUUCCAGAGAUGCUCAAUCUAAAAAUUUUGUUAUCACAAGAAACACAGCUCCAGAGACGUCGGUUGCUGGUUCUUCGAAAUCAUCAGAUGUUCCCACCCAGAAUGGUUUUCAGUCAUUUUCACCAAAACCACCGAACAAAAAUGAGGAUUACAGAAGAAGGAGGUUUAAAAGUCAGGAUCGCCGAAGACAAAGCAGGAACGAAGGAAAUUUCAAUACACCUCCCUCCAAUUUAAAUCCCCCCCAAUUCCCUCCAAAAAAUAGGCAACAAAAUCAUACUGAAGACAAAAACGAUGUUGAAGAGGAAUGGGGUUCUUCCGAAACUCCGACAGCUCCAGCAGUUGUUUUAGAUUCUGUUAAGUUAAAUGUCGGAAGUACUUAUAAGGUUAUAGUGACAAAUGUCAGACCAGACAAAGGAUCGGUAUUUUAUGCCCAACUGGUCGAUAAUCAAUCUCUGAUUAAACAAAUUGUCGAUCAAGUGAACGCACGCGAUAGCAAAAAUAAGGAAAUCAAGAAUCCUUCUGAGUCCAUGUUUUGUGUAGCGUAUGAUAACACCUCGUGGUACAGAGGGCGUAUUUGCAGCGUUGGCGCCAAUCAAACAAGCAUAGAAUUAAUUGAUUUUGGCAAAAGGAUCCUGUCCUCGACGCCCGUAAGAGAACUUUCUUCCGACAGCAGUAAAUGGCCAGCACAAUCAGUUCGGAUGACUCUGUCAUUGGAUUCUAACACCCGAACAUCUGUAGAAGUCGACGAGGAACUAGAAAUAGUUGUCAAAAAAAACUAUUCUACUGAUACAUAUUUAGUACAGAUUAAUGGAAAUGAGAGAGAAGAAGAACCUACCAAGGAAGAUUGUUUUACCAAAAUACCGCCCAGCGAUGCUCAACUGAAAAACGACGAAUCCGUGAUGAUCAUCGGUUUCAAUGACACGCAUCUGACGCUGCGCAACAAAACGACAGCUGACAUUUGCAAGAAAAUCAACAACUACUUGACGACGUUCGAAAAGAAUCCCAUAAGCAAUCCACAAGUUGGUCAAAUCGUUCUGUGCGCCAAGGAUGGGCUGGAAGGCAUGCACAGGGCUGUGAUCAAGAAUAUUAAAGGCAACGUUGCCGACGUGGAGUAUCUGGAUUAUUCUGGAAGUGAGCCAGCGUUGUUGAAAACUCUAAGGAACGUAGACGCGACUUUAGCCUCAGAAUUAAGAGCUAAAGUGGACUCGCCUUCAUUUCCAAUUCUGAGUAAAAUCACGGAAAAAAGCGCAACCCUGUUGGUUAAUAUGAUUUUGAGUAAGAAGAAAUUGAAAGUGGUAUUGAGUGGUGGCAAAUUUGAUCUUCAAUACACGGAAGGCGAAGAAAUCAAUCUUUUAUCGAAAAAAAUCGAAGAAGUGGAAGGUUUGAAAAAAGGCGAAGAAUUACUGACUUUUGUCGAAGUACCCAAACCGAAACCACAACCCACAAUUGAAGAUCCGCCUAAAAAAGAAGUCCAUUUCGUUGCUGAAAAAGUCGAAACGACGAAAAAAUCUGAGGAUUAUAAACCUGUCUCUAUGGACGACAUGCAGUACACCAAGGUCACCUUGGGAUUGGACAUGUACUUUUGUUAUAGUUGUACAGGCAGUGGCGUCACUCUUAUAAGUAUCAGUGAAGAAAACAUGGAGUGGCUAGAAAAAAUCGAGAUAAAAGACCUAGAGGACCUCGAACCAUAUGCUCCCUCCUUCAUUCCAAGCGAAAUGUGCUUGGCUAAACAUAACAACACUUGGUACAGGGCGGCAAAUUUGACACAGGGCGCCAUUGAAGACACUUACCAAGUUCUGUUCGUCGAUUAUGGCAACAUCGAGACAGUCCAUAAAGAUUCCGUAUGUAGAUUUCCACAAAAAUAUGCCUCAGUGCCUAUUUUAGGUAUUAUGACAUACUUUAUAGGAAUCCCACACAAUGAGAAAGUUCACAAUCGACUCAAGGAAUUAGUAGAAGACGCUGGUGUACUAGAGGUCAACAUAAAAAACGAUAUUAAUGAGGAUUUCCAAUAUGGCAUAGAGAUACCCUCGGUGUAUGAAAUUCUUAAGCAGGAGAAUUUGAUUUGAAUGUUACCUUAAUUCAACGUUUUAAGCUUAAAAUAUUUUAUAAGCAAAUUAUUUUUAUAUUUUUGUUGCCAUUGGUUGUAACUGUUACUUCUCUUUGUUAUUAAUAGAGAUUUGAUUUUUUUAUUGUUAAAUUUGACUAAGUUCUUUUAGUUAAAAAGAUUUAUUAGGCUAGAAAGGUAUAAUUUAGGUUUAUAAAUUGCUCAUGUUCAUCUUUUUAUUUUUGUAAGUUUAGCAAUCUUUAUUUCUUUAGUUUUUAAUGAAAGAGCGUUUUAAUUCGUUUUUCUUCGAGAUACUACACCUGCCUCAUAAUAUUAGAAAAUAAAAUAUCAACUUUUUU